AUGGUGCGAAUGAAUGUGCUGGCCGAUGCUCUACGAAGUAUGAACAAUGCAGAAAAGAGAGGAAAACGGCAAGUGCUCAUCAGACCAGCUUCAAAGGUUAUCGUCCGAUUCUUGACAGUAAUGAUGAAGCACGGUUACAUCGGAGAGUUCGAGAUUGUUGAUGACCAUCGAGCAGGGAAAAUUGUUGUCAACUUGAACGGAAGAAUUAACAAAUGCGCUGUCAUUUCACCACGAUUCGAUGUUCAAUUGAAAGAUCUGGACACGUACACCAACGAUCUCCCUCCCAUCCCGACAAUUUGGAUACAUAAGAUGACUGCCGAUGCAAACAAAUCGGAGGCGCAAGUAUGUAUGGAUCGAGCGAGAGACGCAUUGAAGGUUGGUGAUGCGGAGAAGGCGAUCCGGAUGUUAAAAAAGGCUAAAAACUCAACCCUGACCAGGAUA